ACUAGGGGGAAAUGUUUGGCUCGGUAUCCCUGCACUGGUUUGCAUCUUCAUUCUCUGGAUCUUCCCUUCAUGUGUAAGGAAAGCACUGACACAUCUGCACCGCUUGGAGGCGUAACAUUUAACGUGCUAAGCGCAGCAUCGACGCAGUGCUUCACUAGCGCGCCUGUUCAUUAAGGUGCUCAAUUACAGCAAACAAGAAAGCCCUGCCUGGAAACAGCACUGCAGUCAUGGAAGCCUCAACAGGGUCAUACACGCAUCUUGACCAGAGUGCCUUUCAUUAUGAUUAUGAGACGUUGCGGACCACGGGGGUCAUCCUAGCUGUGGUUAUGUUUGUAAGUGGGAUCCUCAUCGCACUGAGUAAAAAGUGCAAAUGCUCAAAAUCCAAAUCUAGUCCAGUGGAAGGCCCUCCGAAGACAGAAGUUCCCCCUCAAACAGUGUAAAGCAGAUGGCGUAUCAGAGCGGCCCAUUUCAGCGAGAGGAAAUGCUCAGACGCACAAGGUUACUUACAGGAAUGAGAGGGAAAGCAGAACAUGCUUGACCUCUUUUUGUAACUUCAGCCUAAAUGCUGAUCUACUGCUGUAUUUUUAGCUCUUACAGUUGUGCUAAAUCAUGUCCCUUUUGUCCCACAAUUCACCACACACCUCAGCUGAUCACAGUUGCUUUACUUAUGCAUGAACAGUUCAGUUUAAUUACUACUAUAUGAGGCCUAGUUUAAAAAAAUGUCUGAAAUAUUUAUGGCAACCAAGAUGAAUGAUUGAAAUUUAACAUCAGACUGUUUAAAGUUUACACAAGUAAUAUAAAAUUGAAAUUUAUACUCGUUUACAUUUUAUUAAAAAGCUAAUUCGCAGCACUUGAGCAUGAAAUGUCGCACAGUUGCGUGUCGAACCUGUGUAACUUGUGCAUGCCAGGUUUCAACACUCUGUAAGACAACCGUGUAACGUUCUAAUAAUUUAAAAUGCAUUAUGAAGUAAAUUUAUAAGUUGAAUUUUUAAUUUUUCUGUAACUUAUUACCAGUAAAAACUUUAAAAACAACCUGUAAAGUACAGAUAUUUCCUGUUUACACAUUUAUUAGAUCAGUAAAAACAUAAUUAUUAUGCAGCUUCACAUAACAUUUGAGGGCUAAGGUAGAAAAAAUAAGUCUUGCCUUAAAAACUCAUGGUGCAACUGAAUCGAAUACAGAAUUACCAACAAACUACUAACGGAACUACAUCACAAUCUAAAAAACCUUAUGAGAGUCUAGAGAAAUCGAUCGCAUGAAUAUUUGAAUGUAUUCCAGAGAUGAAAGCACUUUAGAAAGUAAUGUUUAGUUACUGAAUAUGAAACAAUUGAACUGCAACUGAAUGUAUGCAUUUAUGUAUGUAUGUGUCUCAUAUUAAUGAAUGAAAAAGCAUCUGUGUACAUUUGAAAGAAUGAAUCACUGCUCUUUUCAGUCAGCAUGUUUGUGAAGGAAUGCUUAAUAACUCUUUCAGUCAGUCGUGGUGUGCGUGCGUGCGUGCGUGUUUGUCUUGAAGUGAAGUAAAUGAGUACAACUAAACAUUCACAUCAGUCAUAAUGAAGAACACAUCAUAUAUACAGCUACUGUAUGUAAAUGAAUACAACUACUGUAUGUCAAUGUAUUUUAUUAGUCACGCAAACAUUAGUCAUGUACCAAAGGCAUUCAGCUAAAUAAAACAUACUGAGUUACAG